CAACCACCAGUCUCUUCUGCACCCAAACUUUGUUUGGAAAUUGGAAUAAAAAUUGUAAUCAUUUUGUUGCUCGAUCAGACUUUAAAAUUCAGAGCAGAAGUUGCUCUCUUUGCUUUCUCCAAUUCUCCAUGAACUCCUCCUGCCUUUGAGCUGAAUCAAAAGAAUCUCUUCAUAACAAUACUUUUGUCUGUUAAUUUGGUAGAUAUACAUAUAUGUUGCAGUUGUUGUUCACAGUCACUUUCUCGGCGGUGCCUCUGAUUCUGUAUAUUCCUCCUAUGAGGAGCUUGAAUCUGUUUGUGGAGAGCAUGGAGGAUCUGGCUAGAAAAUCAAGAGUAUAUACUAAUAGGAUCUACCCGCGUGCACGAUAUGUGUGGUACAGGAUCAUGGAUUACAUGCUUUGCAAUACGAGGUUAGAUUAGACCUAUAUAUAUAUAUAUAUACACACCAUCCAUCUUCAACGGAUCUAGCUCAAUGUACACCUCCUCCUUUCUUUCCUCCCCGUUGUUGUUUUUGUUGUUGUUGUUGCUGACAUAAUUAGUUUUUAUUAAUUGUAUUCAAGGUUAGCUGGAUCCUGGAUGUGUACUUAAUUAGAUUUGCUGUUUAAAGAUUAUAUCUUCUCUUUUGGGAUCCCCAGAAUCAGGGGACUUUUGAGUUUUUAGGUUUUUCAUUAACUAAAACUAGUAUGGACUCAGAAAGACAAUUAUAUAUCAGAACCCAUUUUUUGUUGAGUCAUCUGGUAGCGUGUGGAGACUAAAAUUGAAAUCCAGAAACAGAAAGGUACGUACCAUGCAUAUUACAUUUGAUUUCUGUGAAAAAAGAACCAGUUUUGGGAUAUCCAAAAUCAAGAUCAGAUAAGAAUUCAUUUGCCAUUUUCAAGGAGCUAGCUGCAUGCGCUAUCAAUUCUGCGCGAUGCUUGUGUGGCCGCCUGUCAGUUAUGUUGGCAAAUCAAGAUCAGAUAAGAAUUCAUUUGCCAUUUCCAAAAUACAACCAAUGUCUUUUGCUUGACUUCCAUCAAUAAUUAUAUGUAGAAACUGCUAUCCCAGCUUUGUCCACAGGUCCAUCCUUGUUUUGCUUCACUUGUUGAAGCAUGUAAUAAUAAUAUAUUUCGUUUUUCUGA